AUGACUAUGGAUGAAGUUGGUAGUAGCUCUGAGUGGAGCAAAGAACAGGAUAAAGCAUUUGAAAAUGCCUUGGCAAUUCAUCUUGAGGAUGCUUCAGACCGAUGGGAGAAGAUUAUGGCUGAUGUACCGAGGAAAACCUUGGAAGAGAUUAAACACCACUAUGAGCUCUUGGUUGAAGAUGUUAACCAGAUUGAAUCUGGUUGUGUGCCUUUAGCAUCUUAUAAUUCUUCUCCAGAGGGAUCAAUAAGCCAUGCUAGUGAUGAAGGAGCUGGCAAGAAGGGAGGCCACUCUUGGAAUAGUAACAAUGAAUCUAAUCAUGGAACUAAGGCUUCAAGAUCAGAUCAGGAACGGCGAAAGGGUAUUGCAUGGACAGAGGAUGAACACAGGUUCGAUUGUACUGUGGAAGAGGCAAUUCUGACAGGAAGCUUACUUGUUACCUCUUUUGUUCAUGCUUCAUGA